AUGACCAGCAAACAUGACCCAGCCCAGGUCACACAGCCUCUCGAGGUUGCCAGACAGGCCGCCUUGGUCGGUGGAGCCUCAGCAAUUCCCGGUACGGUAAUCGGUGCUUUAUACGGCACAGUCCGCACCCAGACACCCGUCUUGUUUUCCAUCGCAUCAGGAGCCCAGUGGUUCGCCCUUGGAUCAACGUUCUGGGGUUUCCGUACCUCACUCCUCAACCAGAGUGGUCUCCUGAACUGGUGGAACCUUACUCGAGGUACCCCCAUCUACCCUCGUGAUGACCUGAAUCCAUCUCCCUCGGAAAAAGUCCGCGCCUCUACCAUUGCCGGAGGAUCAACCGGCUUCACUCUUGGUUUCUUGUUUCGAGGUCCCCGAAACGUUAUCCCCGGAACCAUAGUAUUCAGUUUAGUAGGCUGGCUAGGACAGAACGGGUACAACUACCUGGAUGCGAGAAACUCUGGGCAACUUCAGGAACUGGCCGAAUUAAAAGCUAAGGGUGAAGAAAGGCCAAAGGAGACGCUAAUGGACAAAAUCGCAAAGAGCUGGUGGAGUCCAAUGCAAGUCUUGAGCGAUGAGGACUACGAGAAGAUGAUGCAAGAGAAGCUGUUGAGAGUUGAAGCCGACAUUGCUAUGAUUGACGAUAAGAUUGCGGCGCUGAGAAAACAGGCGGUUGAGAGGGAGGUGCAACAGCAUCAGAUCAAGCAUGUACAUGAGCAGGACAAGAUUUCCAAGUGA